AUGGUCUCCUUAUCGUUCCGCGGGGCGACCACUUCCGUUCCCUCAAUGGCAUCCUGGUUCCUCUCAGCGCUCUUUCUUCUGAGCCCAUCCUUGGUGUCAGCCAAGUCGGCGGCAGACUACUAUGUCCAUUCCUUGCCGGGUGCCCCCGAGGGCCCCCUGUUGAAGAUGCAUGCUGGCCAUAUUGAGGUGGACCAACAAAGCAAUGGAAAUCUUUUCUUUUGGCAUUACCAGAAUCGCCAUAUUGCCAACCGCCAGCGAACCGUGAUCUGGUUGAAUGGCGGUCCCGGAUGUAGUUCAAUGGACGGAGCCCUGAUGGAGGUCGGUCCGUAUCGCCUAAAGGACAACGAAACCUUGGUGUACAACGAGGGGUCCUGGGAUGAAUUUGCGAACCUGCUGUUCGUCGACCAGCCAGUCGGAACCGGGUUCAGUUAUGUCAACACGGACAGCUAUCUUCAUGAACUCGAUGAGAUGGCAGCUCAGUUUAUCACCUUUUUGGAAGAGUGGUUCAGGCUAUUUCCGGAGUAUGAACGGGAUGAUAUCUAUAUUGCUGGCGAGUCUUACGCCGGCCAGCAUAUUCCAUACAUCGCCAAAGCCAUUCAGGAACGGAACAAGAACGUCCAGGGGAAAACUAUUGCUCGGUGGAAUUUGCAGGGCCUCCUGAUCGGCAAUGGCUGGAUAUCUCCCACUGAACAGUACCUUUCUUACUUGCCUUACGCCUAUGAAGAAGGCCUCAUCAAGGAAGGUAGCAGGACGGCAAAGGAACUCGAGGUGUUGCAGUCUGUCUGCCAGUCCAGGCUGGAAACGGGAAAGAACAAGGUAAAUCUGAAUGACUGCGAGAAGGUCAUGACUAGUUUGCUGGAUAAGACGGUCUCAAACGAUCAAUGCUACAACAUGUACGACAUUCGCCUUCGCGACACCACCGACGCAUGUGGUAUGAACUGGCCGACCGACUUGGAAGAUGUGAAACCCUACUUGCAGCGGCAAGACGUUGUGGAAGCGCUCAAUAUCAAUCCGGAAAAGAAAUCCGGCUGGGUGGAGUGUUCAGGAGCCGUGGGCAGCGCCUUCAAUCCUCAGAAGUCCGUGCCGUCCGUUCAACUGCUCCCGGGACUACUGGAAUCCGGGAUUCAAAUUCUUCUCUUCAGCGGUGACAAGGAUCUUAUUUGCAACCAUGUCGGGACCGAACAGCUGAUCAACAAUAUGAAAUGGAACGGGGGCACCGGUUUCGAGACCUCACCCGGUGUCUGGGCUCCCCGACACGACUGGAGCUUUGAAGGCGAACCGGCUGGCAUAUAUCAAUACGCCAGAAACCUGACCUAUGUACUUAUCUAUAACGCCAGCCACAUGGUCCCUUACGACCUUCCCCGGCAGAGUCGGGACAUGCUGGAUCGCUUCAUGAAUGUCGACAUCGCGAGCAUCGGAGGCAGCCCCACCGACUCGCGCAUCGACGGUGAGAAGCUGCCCCAGACGUCCGUGGGCGGUCACCCGAACAGCACUGCAGCGGAGGAGCAGGCCAAGGAGAAGAUCAAGGAGACGGAGUGGAAAGCCUACGCCAAAUCGGGCGAGGCCGUUCUCGUCGUCGUCAUCAUUGGAGUGUCCGUCUGGGGCUUCUUCAUCUGGCGCAGCCGCCGGCGUCACCAGGGAUACCGGGGCGUCUGGCACAAGGACAUGAGCGGAAGCUCUGUUCUGGAACGCUUCCACAGCAAGCGCACGGGAGGCGCCGACGUUGAAGCUGGCGACUUUGACGUGGCCGAACUCGACGACCUGCAUUCCCCGGGGCUCGAGAGAGAACAUUACGCCGUGGGCGACGACAGCGACGAGGAUGACAUCUCGCGACAGCAUUCUCGACAGGCCUCCCGGGCCGGAUAA